CGCCCUGAACGGGUCAGCCACAUCAAAGCAUCGAGGAGCUGUGUUUUUACUCACUUCAGAUCCCUUCAUCUACAGGCUACAGGUGAAUCACUACUGCAGGACAGAGCUUGUCAUGAGGGCGGCGUGUGUGAUCAUCCUGGCGUCUCUGACGGUGUUCAUGUCACCCGGGCUCCAGUGUCAGCCUCUGGCGGGUGAGGGUGACCCGUCUCUGGAUGAGCUGUUCCAGCGCGCGGAGAGUCUGCUGAUCCGCUCCAUUCUCACACAGACGGAGGACGAGAACCACGGCGACGGAGAGCAGACGGAGUGGCUGGAGAAGAGACAGCACCCGGGCAAGAGACAGCACCCCGGGAAGCGCGAGGACACCGACUACGAAGACGAGGCUGCCGCCCUCCAGAAGCGACAGCACCCCGGGAAGCGCGAGGAGGAGGAGGACAGCGCGAGGCUGAGGAGGCAGCACCCCGGGAAGCGUUUGUCUCUGGAGCACAUGAUGCUGGAGGAGCCCACCGCGCAGAGCGAGCUGGCCAAGCGCCAACACCCCGGGAGACGCUACCUGAUGCUGCUCCACAAGCGCCAGCAUCCCGGCCGGCGCGAGCUGCACGAGGCUGCGGGAGACUUCUCGGACCUAGCCAAACGACAGCAUCCCGGGAAGAGACUGUGUGAGGACUGGGACGUGACCGGCUGCGAUCAAGCCAGCAUCCUGCUCGAGCUCCUGGACAACGUCAACAAAAGUCGCGCAGAGGAGAAGAGACAGCAUCCCGGGAAACGCUUUGCGCUGGAGGACGAGCUCACGGAACAAGAGUCGCUGUAAGGGAGACAACGAAAGCCUUUACCGAAUUGUCCGAGUUGUUAAAAAGGACAAAUAAGUACGUGUUCAUUGUUUUCCACAGCAUCCGAUUCACGGAGAACGCGCGUACACUUUAUUUGAAGGUGUCUUUGUUACGAUGUAAUUGUCCAUGACCAUGCAGCGGGUCAAGUACAGAGAAGGUCAUAUUAAUGAAGGGUUACUCGCAUGCAGUUAUGCAUGAUUAAUUGUUAUUAUAAUAAUGAGUAGCUACAUGUAACAUCUGUAACAAGGACACCUUAAAAUAAAGUGAUACCGAAAACGCA